GUGUGUGCUCGUGGGAGAAUUAUAAAAACACCAGCAGAAUUUCUACUUCAAACCCUAUUUUUGGAAAUACACAAUAACUACAGGGUGCAGAACCAACAAAUCCAACCUGGCUUUGGAUCCUCCUCUUUUCCAAGUCUCACAUCUGUGGAAUCCUGAAGGAUAUUUAGGUCAAGGGUUGAACCAGAAAAAGACAAGUCAAUAUUGACUUUGACUCCCAUCUUCAAAGUUUCAUCUUUUCCACAACAGCUGGACAAAAAAAAAAGUUUGGAACUCGUGUCAUUGGAGCCCCUAGGGAAUGUUUGGACAAGCAGGAUUGGGAAUGGAUCACUGAGAGUGAGGUUUAAAAGCUAUUUGUUCAUCCAGCUGCGCUCAGCCUCUGCAGAUCCCACAUUUCCCUUCCUUGGCAGGCUGCCCACGCCUGAGAAAUUCCUAAGAGGAAAAAAUUCCCAAGAGGAAAAAUCCCCAGCUGUAGCUGGGUCCCUGAACAACGGCUCUGAGAGGCUGAGGGGAAAUAGGAGAAGCCAGAGGAUCCAGCCAAACACAACCUGCAGGUCAGCCAAGAGAUUUCCAGGUGUUGCUGAGACCUCCAAAGCAGCGUUUCCAGAAUGGAUCAUCCUGGGAGAGCUCCUGUGUUUGGAUCAGCAGGGGAAUAGCAUGGGGGAAAUGGAGGAACGACUCCUGAAAACUCUGGAAGAGAAUUGGGAGGUAAGAAAAGAAAACUGAAAAGUCUGGAAGGAAAUUUAGGAGGCAACUGAAAACCCUGGAAGAGAAUUGGGAGGAAAGACACAUCCGACUGCUCGGAUCGAGCCAAUGGACCUUCCCAAAUGGAAGCUCUUUCCUUGGAAUCUGCCAGCAGGGAAGCUUAUUUCAGCAGAGUGGAAACAUUCACCCCGCUGAGGUGGGCGGGCAAACCGGCGUCGCUGUCGCCGCUGGUGUGCGCCAGGUUGGGCUGGGUGAGCGUGGAGUGCGACAUGCUCAGGUGCUCCAGCUGCCAGGCCUACCUGUGCGCCAGCCUGCAGCUGGCCCUGGACCUCAGCACCUACAAGGAGCGCUGUGAGGAGCUCAGGAAGGCUCUGAGCACUGCCCACGAGAAGUUCUGUUUCUGGCCAGACAGCCCCUGCCCAGAUCGCUUUGCCAGGCUGCUGGUGGAUGAGCCCAGAGUCCUUCUCCAGGAUUUCCUGGAUCGUUUCCAGAGCCUGUGUCAGCUGGAGCUGCAGCUGCCUUCCCUCAGACCAGAAGACCUGAAAAAUAUGUCCCUGACGGAGGAAAGGAUCACCCGGCUCCUCCAGCUGAUUGGAGAGGAACUGGAGCACAAAGGAACAGAGGGAGAGAAACCUCCCGGGAAGUUUUCCACGGAAAUCCUGCAGGUUCACGUUCCCGCCUGUAUCCUGGCGCUGUGCGGCUGGACCUGCAGUGCUGCCUCGGGCUCCAUGAACCUCUCCGUGAUCACCUGCUCCCGCUGCAUGAGGAAGGUGGGGCUGUGGGGCUUCCACCAGCUGGAAUCUUCCGCGGCUCCGGAGCCGGAUUCCUGCGGCUCCAGCAGCGCCACCCCGGCCGCUCCCGAGCGCUUCCCGCCCGUUCCCACAUCCCCGCGCCGGAUGCUGACGCGGAGCCAGGACCCGGGAUCCGAGCAGCAGCACGAGAAGAGCCCAUCCCCGGCUGUGUCCCGCCCAAGGGGUUGGGAUUCUCCCAGCUCCAUGGACCGGGGCGAGCUGGAUGUGAGCAGGGAUGUGACGCUGAGGAGCCGCCCGGUGACGCGGAGCAUGGGCCAGGGGGACAACAUGGAGGUGCCAUCCAGCCCUGUCCGCAGGGCCAAGCGAGCGCGGCUCUGCUCCUCCAGCAGCUCAGACGCUUCCUUGAGGAGCUUCUUUCACCCCAGCUCUCAGCACCGGGAUUGGUGUCCCUGGGUCAGCAGCGGGGAGGGAGAGGAAUCCCUGGAAGAUGCUGCAUCCCAGACGGAGAAGGAACCUGGGAAAGCCAAGCCAGGCUGGGAAGUGGUGCUGAAGAGGCUCCUCAGCAUCCAAAAAUGUGACACAGAGCCCGAGACGGAGCCAGCGAGCCUCUCGGAGAAAUCCUGCAAGGUGUUCCGCAUUUUCCGGCAGUGGGAGAGCAUGAAUUCCUCCUGAAUUCCAGAAACCGGCGCGGGGGCAUCCGGAGAGAGAGAGAGAGAGAUCGAUCCAAACCUCUCGGUGGUUCCAGCUCCGCGCCUCGGGAAGGGGAAUCUGCGGAAACUCCAAACGGCCUCCUUGGCAUCUCCCCUUCCCUGGCUGCCUUCCUGAAGCUCCUGCCUUCACAAACUGCUGCUGUGUCCCCUGGGCUCCAGAGGGGCUGGACAGCCCUUCCUGGAGCUGGGAAUGUGACGGGGGGACACCGUCACCUCCCGAGGUGUCCGCGGUGUCCGGCCGCCUCGCGACGCCAGGUGGGAAUAAACAUUUCAUUUUUGUUGUUUUUUUUCU